AUGUCAAAUUUCCGCUAUUUUCACGUUUUUGUAAAAUUUAUUAAACAUUGCCAUGUGGAUUUUCAGAUUCCAGAAGAAAUGAACGACGUGGCUUUUGACCUAAAUUUUUCUUUUUCCUUUUUUCCGGAAAAAAAUUCUCUUUAUUUUCCAAAAAUUUUCAAAUUUUCGCCUGAAUUUCAGAUGACGUUUCAACUCAGCGAGAAGACAUUCAAAGUGCCUGUCGACCUCUUCGUCGAGAAUCGUCAACGUCUUCUGGAGGCGCUCAAAACAAAGGUUCCCGCGAAUUCCGCCGUUCUCCUUCAAGGAGGCGUCGAGAAGAAUCGCUACAACACCGAUGCCGCCGAUCUUCCGUUCCGUCAAGAAUCCUAUUUCUUCUGGACUUUUGGAGUCAACGAGAGCGAAUUCUAUGGAGUGAUCGAUGUGACGACUGGAAAAACGACACUUUUCGCGCCAAGACUAGACCCGAGCUACGCGAUUUGGGACGGAAAAAUCAAUGAUGAGAAGUAUUUCAAAGAGAAGUAUGCUGUAGAUGAGGUGUUUUUCAAUGACACCGAGAAGACGAUUGCAGAGAAGUUGAAGGCGUUGGCAGUGAAAAAUGUUUAUUUGUUGCGCGCCGAAAACACCGAUUCAGGAGACGUGUUGACUGAACCAAAGUUUGCUGGAAGCCAAGAUUUCCAGCUCAACACUCAACUUCUCUACCUUGAGAUGGCUGAACUUAGAGUGAUAAAAACUGAGAAAGAAAUCGAUGUGAUGAGAUACGCGAGUAAAAUCGCCUCAGAGGCUCAUCGAGCCGCCAUGAAGCACAUGAAACCAGGUCUCUAUGAAUAUCAAUUGGAAAGUCUCUUCCGUCACACUUCCUAUUAUCACGGUGGAUGUCGUCAUCUUGCAUACACCUGUAUCGCCGCUUCUGGCUGCAAUGGAUCUGUUCUCCACUACGGACACGCUAAUGCUCCAAACGAUAAGUUUAUCAAGGACGGUGACAUGUGUCUAUUUGAUAUGGGACCAGAAUACAAUUGCUAUGCUUCCGAUAUCACCACUUCUUUCCCAUCAAACGGAAAAUUCACAGAGAAACAAAAAAUCGUAUAUAACGCCGUGCUGGAUGCCAAUUUGGCAGUUUUGAAGGCAGCGAAACCGGGUGUCAGAUGGACUGAUAUGCACAUUCUCUCGGAAAAAGUCAUCCUGGAGCAUCUCAAAAAAGCGGGGCUCAUCGUUGGAGACAUCGAUAAGGCGGUCGAGGCGAGAGUUGGUGCAGUAUUCAUGCCACACGGAUUGGGACAUUUCAUCGGAUUGGAUGUGCAUGAUUGUGGAGGUUACAUGGGUGAUGCGACGCCAAGAUCAACACUUCCAGGCCUGAAAAGUCUCAGAACUACGAGAACGCUGAAGGAUAGAAUGGCCAUCACCAUCGAACCCGGAUGCUAUUUCAUCGACUUUCUUCUCGAUGAGGCACUUGCUGAUCCAGUGAAAAGUGCCUUCUUGGUGAAGGCUGAAAUCGACAAGUAUCGUGGAUCAGGAGGUGUUCGAAUCGAAGACGACGUCAUCAUUCGCGCCGCUGGAAACGAGAAUCUCAGCGAUCUGCCGCGUACUGUCGAGGAGAUUGAGAACUUCAUGGCUAGCGGUGGACAGUGGACCGAGAAGGACAUCGAGCAUCGUGUUUCCGAAUUCUUGUCCAAGUAG